AUGUCUUCCUCCUCCCUUUCGUCCUCUUUGAAGACCGUGGAGACGGCGACUUCGUCGAAUCCCGCCUCAUCGUCCGAUGAGAAGGCGGCCCGGGCCCUUGAGGCCCUGAUGUGGUCGCACGACCAUGACUCUACCGUGGGCGAGUCGUUGCUGAGCCUCCUCCGGGAUCGUUAUGGUAUCCCGGAGGAGUUCGUCCUUCGUGCUCCUGAGCCCGGUCAACGGGUAUAUGACCCAAUCCCUAGGUGCUUCGCCCUUACCCUAGAUGCUUUCGAGGCCGGGCUACGCCUCCCCUUCCACCCCGUCAUAACUUCGUGUGUUUCCUGGUGGCGUAUCUCCCCGUCUCAGAUGGCGCCGAACUCGUGGCGCUAUCUGGCGGCGUUUCUGGGGGAGUGUCACUAUGCCCGCAUAACCCCGACCCGUGACCUCUUCCUUUCUUGCUUCCGUCUUACUAAGGGGUUGGGGGGCUACUAUCUGUCCGCCCAAGCGGGCUUUCGGGUGAGCGGGGCCCCUUCCAGCAACAAGGGGUGGAAGCGGCGUUUCUUUUUCGUCAGCCGCCCGGGAGAUUGGGGUUUUGGGGUUCGCUGGGGGGCGCGUGUGAUAGACAACACCAUCCCAGUUUUGGACGACGAGGGGCGCCGAGGGCUCCAGAGGCUUAGAGAGAUCCUCCCGGCCUCCCGAGCCAUCCGGAAUAUGUCCGAGCGGUGGUUGGCGGAGGCGGGUCUCAGCCCGGUGCCUCUAGAGAUGGUGCGUCUCGAGGCCCUUCGAGGGGUAGAAACUCCUGCGGCUGUGUCGGACCGUUCGCCUUCUGUCGCUAGGGUGGGAACAAGGGAGGCCCCCGUGGACGUCGAGGUCGGUCAGCCUCGGAAGAAGGCACGGGUGCUUCCGAGCGACGGUCCUGAGGUGGUCACGGCCUCAGCGGAAGGUGUCAUGGCACCGACGGCGGGGGCUGCCACAGCACCGGUGGCUGAGGGCGUGGUGGCGCCGGCGGACCAUGCCGCGGGGAGUCAGGCGGAGGGCGAGGCUGGUCCGAGUGGGCGUGCAGCGAUGGAGGCGCCUCGCCAGCCCUCCAUUCGCGAGCUUCUUCGUCUUCCGCUCGGGAGAGAGGACGAGCCUUACUUGGCGCGGGAGGUGGGCGCUCUUCCGCGCGGCGCGGCCACUGAACCGUUAGUCGGCCGGUGGGAUGGUCUCACCCGGGGUAGCCGGGUGUGGGCCGAUAGUGAUUGCGCGGCCAGGACGCCUGGUUUUGACCUCUCUCCUUCCCCAGGGCAACCAUUACUCAUCGCUACCCUGAGUAGUCGCAAUGCCGAGCUCCGGAAGCAGGCGGACGAAGCUCGGGCUGGAGCGGGCCCUGAGGUUGUCGCGGCGGCCGCCUCGGACUUGGAGGCGGAGGCAGUGCGCCUUCGGUCGGAGCUCCAAGCAUCCACGGAGCGGUCCGCGGAGUUCCAGAUGCGGCUGGAGACGUCCGAGGGGCGUAAUACGGAGCUCCAGACGAGUCUGAGAGCGUCGGUGGCCGAGGCUCGUUCGGCGAGGGCGGACUCCCUCGAGCUGCUCCGACGCCUUGAGGAGUCGCGAGCCGAGGCGCGGGGAGCUUCAGAGGCUCUUGAUGCCGAGAUCCGCCAAAGGCCGGGGAGGGACAAGAAGCUGAUCGAGGACUACAAGGACUUCCCGGGAUUCCAGCUCGGCCUUGUUCGGACCGGGCGGGUUUCCUACGAGUACGGGUAUCGGGUUGCCCUUGCUCAUUUCAAGGUGCGCAACCCUGGCUCGGAGGUUAUGGAGGAUCCCUUUGGUUCCUUCCUCGAGGACCUAGACGUCGGCAUGCCAUCCGAUGUUCCUUUCGACGACAGCCCGGAUGCCCCUGAGGGGUGA